AUGGCUGCUUCAUCUUUAGCUUUUCCAUCUCUCCACCACCUGAAUCUCUCAUCGGAUAUACCCAAACGUCAACGCGCCACCAGCGUCACCCUCAUCACCGCCGUCACCAGAGACUCUGUUCCACCGCUUUCUGCCACAUCUGCUGAUAUAGCUCCCACCGUCAGCGGCAACUCCCCCACCAAUCUCCCCCUCCGGCAAAUCCCUGGCUCCCAUGGCAUUCCUUUCUUUCAACCACUUAAAGAUCGAUUUGAGUACUUCUAUGGCGCCGGCGGCAGGGAUGAGUUCUUCAAGUCUCGAGUCCAGAAAUUUCAGUCAACGGUUUUCCGUACCAAUAUGCCACCUGGCCCUUUCAUCUCUACUAACCCCAAUGUCGUCGUUCUUCUUGAUGCAAAAAGUUUUCCGACGCUUUUUGAUGUUUCCAAGGUCGAAAAGAAAGAUUUGUUCACCGGCACGUAUAUGCCGUCGACUGAACUCACCGGCGGUUACCGUGUUCUCUCGUAUCUUGAUCCAUCGGAGCCCAAACAUGCUCUGUUAAAAAAUCUCAUCUUUUUUAUGCUCAAAUCUUCACGCACCAGAAUCAUGCCGGAAUUUGAAACAACUUAUACUGAACUCUUCGAUGAACUCGAAGCAGAGUUGGCCCAAAAGGGUAAAGCUCUGUUUAACGACGCCGGAGAACAGGCGGCGUUCCGGUUUCUUGGUCGGGCAUAUAUGGAAACAAAUCCGGAAGGAACAAAGAUCGGAAAAGAUGGUCCGAAACUAAUUAGCACCUGGGUUUUAUUCAAUCUCGGGCCGUUGCUCCGCCUUGGACUUCCUUGGUUCGUGGAGGAGCCUCUCCUCCAUACUUUCCGGCUGCCACCGGUCCUCAUAAAGAAAAACUAUCAGAAACUCUACGAGUUCUUCGAAUCCUAUUCAUCUCCGAUUCUCGAACAAGCUGAAGCUUUAGGGAUUUCAAAAGAAGAAGCGGUUCACAACAUCUUGUUCACCGUGUGUUUCAAUACUUUUGGGGGUAUCAAGAUUUUGUUUCCCAAUACUCUAAAAUGGCUCGGCCGUGCCGGUACGAGUUUGCAUACCCAGUUGGCGGAGGAGAUCAGAGGUGCGAUUAAGACCCACGGUGGAGGGAAGGUGACGAUGGCGGCGAUGGAACAGAUGCCGUUGAUGAAGUCCGUCGUCUACGAGUCUCUCCGGAUCGAACCUCCGGUGGCACUGCAAUACGGGAAAGCCAAACGCGACUUGACGAUCGAGUCACAUGACGCAGCUUUCAAAGUCAAAGAAGGAGAAAUGUUGUUUGGAUACCAACCAUUUGCGACCAAGGAUCCAAAGGUAUUUGACCGGCCGGAAGAAUUUGUGCCGGAUCGGUUUGUUGGAGAUGGAGAGGAGCUUUUGAAGUACGUGGCGUGGUCUAACGGACCUGAGACAGAAGGACCGACGGCCGGAAACAAGCAGUGUGCAGGAAAAGACUUCGUUGUGUUGAUUACUCGGUUGUUCGUCGUCGAACUCUUCCGGCGGUAUGAUUCUUUCGAUAUCGAGGUGGGUGCAUCUCCGUUAGGUGCCAAAGUCACAUUAACGUCUCUCAAGCGAGCUCGUGUGUGAUUUCAUCCACCGGACCAGAUCGCCAGUGAUUUUCUUAAAAGUUUCCGGUCGGCGAGGAUAACUUGGGAAAUAUAAAUUUGUUUUUGACGUCCAUGUUCAAAAAAUGUAUUUAUGUUUGUUUGUGACAAACAAGCUUUUAGUUGCUAGAAACUAUUGUAAUAUUUUUAUAACGAUGAAACCUGAACAUAUUUGUUACUAUGUUUAUUAGGGGUUGUUUGUUUACU